AUGUCCGCGAAUGAAGAAUCAUUGCUUAUCCAAAGGUCCAUUGCCGAUGACCAGGAUCUGGAAAAUGGAUCUACCAGAUCGAAGAUUGGGACCAGCUUUCUGGCUGUGAUGCUUCUCUGUAUGAUGCCGCAACAUAUUUUUAAGGAUCAAUCUAAUGGUCUUUUGAUGACAGCUGCCUUUUUGGCUUCCUCCGAUGACUCGUUCGUUCUCUCUACGGCCUCUGAUAUUGCAGCCGACUUUGAAGCUACCAACAUCAUUGGUAUUCAUCCGCUGAUUCCAACUAGUAUGGUCAUCUCUGUGAUGCCUGGGGCAGAAAACGUACUUAUCUAUUCUCCUAUAUUGUAUAUGGAGUAG